UUUUUGGGUUGUGUUUUUUUUCCGUCCCAGACCGGACCGGACCGGGACCAGAGCGGGCUAGUUAGUUGCACCAACCUGGAUCGUGGCUCUGUUUGUGAAGAAGAUGCUGACCCGGGUCAGCCUGGUUCUGGUAUCCUGGUUCUGUAUACGGAGCCAGGGCCAGGUCCUGGAUCAUGAGAGGUGGGCGGACCGGGCGCUGUUGUCCGACGGCCUCUGUCGCUAUGGCAACGGCGUGGAGUGUUGCUGGGGCUGGAGACAGAUGGAUCGAGGACGCUGUCAGCCUCACUGUCAGCAGGGCUGUAAACAUGGAGAGUGUGUCGAACCAGACAGAUGCAAAUGUCACCCUGGAUAUACCGGCAAGGCCUGUAACCAAGAUCUGAAUGAGUGUGGUCUGAAGCCUCGGCCCUGUAAGCAUCGCUGCAUGAACACACUGGGCAGCUACAAGUGUUACUGUUUGGACGGAUACACACUGCAGCCGGACGGCAGCUGCAGGAAUGCUCAAACCUGUUACCAUGCCAACUGUCAGUACGGCUGUGAGGUAUCCAAGGGGGUGGUCCAAUGCACCUGUCCGUCGCCAGGGUUACGGCUGGGACCAGACAGACGCACCUGUGUCGACAUCAAUGAGUGUGCGUCGGGCCGCGGUGUGUGUCCUCAUCGCAGGAAGUGUGUGAACACGUUUGGGAGCUUCCUGUGUAAAUGUCAUCUCGGCUUCAAACUCACGUACAUCAAUGGACGGUACAUCUGCAUCGAUAAGGACACUCGGCCGUUCUGCUCUCUCAAUCCAUCCUCUCCAAAGUGCAGGUGUAAAGGAGGCAGCUGCAAAGCUGUCUACAAAGUCACUCUGGAGCCACAAAGACCAAGAACUACAACUCCCACCACCACCACUGCUGCUACUCCUCCUCUUACUACUACUAUUGCCUCUACUGCUACUGCUACUUCUACUGCUGCUACUGCUACUACUACUACUACUGCUGCUACUACUACUACUGCUACUACUACUACUACUGCUGCUACUACUCCUACUACUGCUGCUACUACUCCUACUACUGCUGCUACUACUACUACUGCUGCUACUACUGCUACUACUACUGCUGCUACUGCUACUUCUACUGCUACUGCUACUACUACUACUGCUACUGCUACUACCACUACUACUACUGCUACUACUACCACUCAUCCAACCACCACAACAACCUCUACCAUAGCAGCAACUACCCCAGCUACUUCUACAACUGCCACUACCACCAAACCAACCACUCUAAUACCUGCUGCUACUGCUACUGCUACUACUACUACUAUUACUACUCCUUCCACUACUGCUACUACAACUAUUUCAAUCACCACGGUUGCCCCGACAACCACGUCACUUCCCACCACCAUCUCCGUGGUAACGACCACAUUGAACAACAGGGUGAACAAGGACAUCACACACAAACAGAGAGGAGACGUGCACAUUCCUCGACAUCCCGACCACAGCCAUGUGUGGGAGUUUGAUAUCGACCUGGGAAUCACCGCCGAGGAUGCCAGAGAUGAUCCUGAGGCUGGUGUGCUCCACUGUACCUUCGAUCACGGAGUGUGUGAUUGGUUGUCAGACAGAGAGGGAGAUCUACACUGGGAAACUUCUCACAACCCUGCAGGUGGGCGAUACCUGUCUGUCCCAGAGCUAAAGGCGGGACAAAGGAGCAUCCGCGGCGCCCGAUUGGCCGUUCAAAUCGUCCCACCCUGGAGCCUCCGCGACCUGUGUUUCUCCUUCUCCCAUUGGCUGACAGGGCAUCAUGUGGGCGUGCUGCAGCUUUUCGUCAGGAAAAAGGGACACGGCCAAAGGUAUAGCCCCGCCCUCUGGAGCAGGACAGGUGGACACGGUUGGAGACACACGCAGGUUACCUUGACGACACACUCUCUGGACAGGGUGUUGUUGAAGGCCGAGCGGAGGUGGGGGCGUCGUGGUCAGAUCGCUGUAGAUGAUGUCACACUGAGACAGGGGGCGUGUCGAUGACAUCACUGCGAUACAAGGACACUGAGCGGUCGUCGGUUUGUGCGAGUUAAAGGACCGUGCUGCUCUUUUUCGUGUCAUAGCCCAUUGACUUUGAAUCCUGUAACCUCACGUAGCUGUUAAACCAUUUCUGCCGUAUUAUUCAGACUCCAUCUCUUUCUGAGAAACUUUUAGAAAAGAUGUUUUUGGUUGUUUUCUUGAUGUGGUUUGUGUUGGAGCAGCAGCAGCGGCAGAGCUUCACUUUAACGCCCCGCAGACUAAAUAUAAACAGCAGAAUGACAGGGGCUGAAGAUCCUGUGAUCUCUGACUGGGAAACCAUCAGUCAGAGUCAAAAGACGACCUUCGCCGUUUGCUGUGCAGAUGAAAGUCAAGCGGCAGGUUAAAACUCAACAGAGUCAAACUGAACUUUGUUCCCAUGUUAGAUAUUCCAAGAGGGUUUUUAUUUUUUAACUUGAGUAUUUUUUCCCCUCAUUUUCAAGCAGGUGAGACUUUGACAUUGAUUUGCUUUUUUCUUUUUUUUUUAAUGAUUGCUCUUCGGUCCGGUCGUCUUAAUGGCAGCAGAAAAAGCAGCAUUUUCUCCCCACAACGACGCCUCCCAGCUACUGUACCUGUUUGUGUGAUGCAACAUGGCCGACGAGCGUUGCUCUUUAUACUCUUUCCUUUUCGACUAAACUGUAAAACAGAUGACUGGCAGCUCUCGCUCUCACUCAGACACAAAUAAAGCUCAGGAUAAAUGAGCUUUUCACCAACAGGUUCAUGUAGACGGCGGCGUUGUGCGUAUCUGGAGGAUUAAUGAAGUUUAUCCACUAGGGGGCCGAUCAGAUUACUUAUGCACAGCACACGUCUGGACGACAAGCUGCAUUGAUCUCUGGGGAGUCACACUCAGAAAUGAUUUAACUGACUGAAGGAAGACAGGAAGCACUUCACCCGACGGGACGAACAGACCGCUCACCGGUCUUUGCUUUAGAUUUUCAAACCGGAAAAACAUGGAGGCCAUCGUAGAAAAAUCGGAUUUCUCCAGAACUAUCCACCAAAAUCAUAAAUCUGUGUCGAGAAACAGGAAGAACUAGACCAGUGGUUUUGAAUAAACAGAUUGUUGUGGUAAUAUUAUGAUCGUGAGCUUAAAUUUGUUUAUUUCCUGUUUGUAAAAGCUGCUUUACAACUAAAAGUUGUAAAAAAGUUUUUAUUUUAUGUUUUUAUUUCUUGUGUGUAAACAGAUAAGUCAA